UACAUUACAACACUGUCAAAGUACAACCAGAGAUACGCCAUAAGGAAACAUCAAUAACAGAAGAUGAGAAGGAAAUUAUCUUUUACACCAGCAGUCUACAGUAUAGAUGUUCAUUUGAUGCCAUGGAAAACACACACUAUAAAACAAACUGGUAUAUAAACGGAACCUUUCAAGUACAGACGGGACCUUCUUCCAAUAUAGACGACAUGGUAUUGAAAGAGAAAUAUCUUACAAGUUUGAAACACGGAUACGAGGUCCGGUGUGGUGUAUUUCCUGCAGAUGAAAACGAGACAAUGGAAGCUUCGAGUGAUACUUUUUAUGCCGGAUGGAAGAUAUCAAACAAAGAUAUCUUACUGAGUAAAAGUGGAGUUACUUCUAUAACAAUCGAGCAAACAAUUCCCUUAGGAUGUGACUACAGAGCUGAUAAUGAAGCAAACUGCCUAGAAACAAUAUCUUUCGAGGACAUUAUAGAUAAUUUAGAUGACUGCGGCGGUCGAAUAGAAGUAAAAAGCUCCGAUGAUCCAAGUAAACCGUUUCUAGAAAUAAAGAGUUUGGUAAAAGGUGAGAUAUGGACAAAGAAAAAGUAUACAGCACUAUUUUCAUCUAUAGACAGCGAUUAUGAUGAUAAGACCGCUUUUGACCUUCAAUUAAAAUUGACGUACAACAGCCUUGAUGACCCCGGAAUAGCUGUAACACCAUCGGUAAUUGGUGAAAUUCAUGUGGAUAUAACGGACGUAAACAGACACUGGAGUAAAAGAUGUUAUUCGCACGUGGACCCGCAUAUGAAAACUGUAGACGGCAUACAUUACGAGGCACAGAGAGAAGGGGACUACAUGUUGUACUGGAAUGACAAAUUUCAAACAGAGGUACAAACAUCUGCAAGAUAUUGCUGGCACGGAUACAAGGGUGGUCCAGUUUGUGCUUGUGGAAUAGCAAUAGCUGUUGGUGCCGAUCUUUUUGUCAUCAAUAGAUGUCAUGAUAAACCUUUCAAGUUUGAUCUUUCGUGCGGAGAUGGUGGACUUAUUGAUAUUGAACAUAUCAACGAUUACAGAUAUCUGGUUCGAACACCAAUCGGUACAAUCAUUGAAAUACUUUUAUGGGGUAACGUAAUGAACAUUGAUGUGUACAUGUCUGCCAAAGAUUUUGGAAAUGUAGCUGGACUUUGUGGAAACUUUGACGGGGAUAGAUCUAAUGAUCUAGAACAUAGAGACGGAACUAUUUCUGAUGAUAACAACAGAAGUUAUAAAUUUGCUGAUAGCUGGAGAUUGACUGAUGAAGAAAAUUUGUUUAUAAACGCAAAACGUAAACGUGAUCACUGGAAUGUAAAUAAUGUUGGCAAGAAAUGUGCAAGAGCAAAUUCAAUAACAAGCAAAAAAUGUAAGAUCAGCAGAAGGCAAAGAAGAUCAGUUCCUGAACACUCAGAAAUGAAAAUGAGUACUCAUUAUCAACACUUGAUGUCGCGUAAAAAGAGAGCCACAAACAGUUUUACUGAGGACGAGGCAUUUCAGCUUUGUAAUCAUUCAAUCUAUACAACACCAGCAGUCAAAGAAUUUCCAGAUCAUCUCGCCGAAGAAGAUCCAGAUAUAGUCGUAGAACAAUGUGUUUAUGACUUGACGCAAGGAAACGACACAGCUUGGAUUGAUGCACACGUGACUAUUCUAAACAAUGCUGCCGAUACAAUUCUCAGAAUGAGCCCAGUGUAUGUCGCUAAUAACACAGAUAAAGUAAACUCGUUUCGUAGUGAAAUUUGCAUGAAUAAUUGCAGUGGAAACGGAAUUUGUACAGACACAGGUCUUUGUGCAUGCAAUGGAAUAUUUCGAGGACCUGAUUGCAGUAUAGACAUCAGAAUUCCACCUGUUGUGUUUGUAAUAGAAGGGGACGGUGUGUGUACAAUAACGGAUGAGGACGACUGCACAUGUUUUCAAAUAAGCACAGACAACAUAUUUGAUGGUUUUAUGUGCAACAUCACCGAAUAUAAGGUAUAUUCCAAUGGUUCACGUAUGGAAGGAAAUACAUCAGUAGGUCUUGGUUAUUACGAGGAUAUCUUUACUGGCGAGUGCUGUGUUCAAACGGCGACAAUGAAUAGCUCUUUCGAUUUAAAUCACGAUACCGACAAAUUGUCUGUCAUAAUGUACGAGCUCUCUAUCAGCAAUGAUGGUGAAAAUUAUGGGGAUGCCAACCCUGUAUAUAUCUAUGAUAUAAUAUGUCUUGAACAUGUUGAGAUAAAUGAUGCAGUUACAUUCAGGCUAAAGAAUAGCUUUUGCUUCAUCGCUGCUACGUGCAUUGCUCAGAAUUUCAAAGUAUUCGACAAUGAUACAUGCUUUACCUGUGAUCCUUCAAACGACCCUUACGGUUGGACGAAAUAUGAUUGUGAAGACUCAGGUACGGGAUUAGGAACAGGGGCUAUUGUAGGAAUCGUCAUUGGCUCAUCAAUCAUUGUUGUAGUAGCAGGUGUGCUGAUAUAUGUGUUUGUAUCCAAAGUUUUAAAGAAACACAGUUCAUCAAUCGGCGUUCAACCAAAGACAUGGGUGUCAGAUGAUGAUUUACAUAGAAAGAAAAUGCAAAUGAAUGGCAACCUAACAAGAUUUCUCAAUCCAGCUAAACCAAAAUUUCAACAGAACGUAAUGAUCGGAGCAGCACAUCAAAUUCACCAAGGUGCAAAGGAUAUCUCAACUAGAGAAACCGAUAUGAUCAAUAGAGAGAUCGACAAUUAUGAAAGCGAAAGUGGGCAACACUCUGCAACACCAAACAAUUCAAAGCCAAAAAGGGACAUUUCGUAUAUAGAUAUUGAAUUGGACUAAAAUAAAGUCCGCAUGACAAUACAAAAAUGAAUGAAUGUACAGUCUAUUUCUAAGAGGUGUAUUACCGAAUGUUAACAAGCUUGCAGAAACCAUUUUUUUUACUGAUGACAUUUCAUAACGAUUGCAAUGUUAUGCAUAAAUAACGUUAGUUUGUAGAGGGUUUUGGAUAGAUUUCCUUGCACAUUAUUUUAUACUAGUAUUUAUAUUAUUGCCAAAUUAAUCGUUAUAAUAUUGAUUCAUACCAUGGGAAUGUCUACUAAAAAUCAUUUUCAAGUAGUAACUAACGUUUAGAUUGUUUUGUUUUAUUUUCAAGUAGAAACUGACGCUAAAAUUGUUUUGUUUUCAACAUCUACCUAUUUUUAUUGAAAGUAUCUUGUAAUGUGUGCAAAAGCAUGCAAAAAUCUUGUUGGGUUAUAGAAUAUGUAUGUUAGUAUUCCGAAUUCCUUAUCUAGUACUUCAAAUAUUCAUCAUUAAUCUAAUUGUUUGUUGUUG